AAGGAAGAAAGGUAUAAAUAGCUGCGACGGCUGUAGCUACCGAACCAUUCAAAUUUUCCAUGCAAACAAUGAGAUUGUGUUUCCUGUUACUAGUCUGCGUGAUAGCAGUGAGCGCCUGGCCCAUUGAGGAUCUGUCGCUGCGUGUGAGCGGCGCCAAUGGCUGGUAUGUGCCACAGAAGGACGGCGCCCUGCGCUGGGUGAGCCGCAGCGAGGGCGAGCGACAAUUGGCCCACUACGAGGCACAGGAGACGAUCAUGGGUCGUCUGUCCACGAACACAGUCAACUUCUAUCUGUACACGCUGCGCAACACGAACGCGGGGCAGCAGAUCAAGGCGACGCGUGCCUCCAUUGAUGGCUCCAACUUCAAUCCCGAGCAUCCCACCAGGAUCACCAUCCACGGCUGGAACUCCAACUACAAGGAUGGUGUGAACACCAAGAUAGCCGCCGCCUGGUUCCAGACCGGCGACUACAACAUGAUUGCCGUCGACUGGGUGCGUGGCCGCUCCCUGGAGUACGCUUCUUCGGUUGUGGCUGCCUCCGGAGCCGGCAAGAAGAUCGCUGCUCUGGUCGAUUUCCUGGUCAACGAAUACGGAAUGUCCCUGGACACACUCGAGCUGGUGGGCUUCAGUCUGGGCGCCCACGUGGCCGGACACACCGCCAAGCAGGUCGCCUCUGGCGAGGUGGGAAAAGUUGUCGGUCUGGAUCCGGCCAGCCCGCUGAUCAGCUACAGCAACACCGCGAAGCGUCUGUCCAGCGAUGAUGCCCGUUACGUGGAGUCCAUCCACACCGCCGGCGGCACCAUGGGAUUCACCAAGCCCAUUGGCAGCGCUGCGUUCUACGUGAACGGCGGCAGGUCGCAGCCGGGAUGCGGCAUCGACAUUGGCGGUAGUUGUGCCCACACCCGCGCCGUCACAUACUACGUGGAGUCACUGCGGUGGAACAACUUCCCCAGCAAGCGGUGCGACACCUACAAGGAGGCCAACAAGAAUGCCUGCGACGACAGGUACAGCUCGGUGCUGAUGGGGGCCACAGUGAACAUAUUCGUGGCCGAGGGCGUCUUCUACGUGCCAGUGAACCAGCAGUCGCCCUUCGGUCUGGGACAGCUGUCCAACGACGAGACAACUCUUCCAACUGUGCCCGAUGAUUCCACAACCGCCAAUGGAGCCGAUGAUUCGACCACUGCCGCACCUGAAGAAGAUUCUAGCACUCCAGCGCCUGAAGAAGGGUCCACCACUCCAGCCCCUGGCGGCGAAGAUGAUUCUACCACCGCAGCCCCAGAGGAUGGUUCCACCACUGCCGCACCUGAAGAUGGAGAAGAUGACUCCACCACCGCAGCCCCAGAGGAUGGUUCCACCACUGCCGCACCUGAAGAUGGAGAAGAUGACUCCACCACCGCUGCUCCUGAAGAUGGAGGUGACAAUGAUUCCACGACGGCAGCCCCUGUAGAUGAUUCUACCACUGCAGCCCCCGAGGAUGGAGGAGAUGAGACAACCACAGCCGCUCCUGAGGAUGGAGAAGGUAAUGAUUCUACCACAGCUGCAGCUGAAGAAGAUUCCACCACCGCUGCUCCAGAGGAUGAUUCUACUAACUCAGUCCCAGAAGAUGAUUCUACCACUUCUGCCCCAGAAGAUGGAGAAGAUGAUUCUACCACCUCAGUCCCAGAGGAUGAUUCUACCACCGCUGCCUCUGAAGAUGACUCCACAACUUCUGCCUCUGAAAAUGAUACUACCACUACCACUGCCGCGCCGGAGGAUGGAGAAGACGACUCUACCACAUCUGUCCCAGAAGAUGAUUCAACUACCGCCACUGCUGACGAAGAUUCAACCACCUCAGACCCAGAAGAUUCUACCACUGAAAUCACAGACGAAGAUUCCACCACUUCUGCACCCGAAGAUGAUUCUACCACAGGUGCACCUGAAGAUGACUCCACAACUGAAGAUCCAGAGGAAGAUUCCACCACUUCUGCUCCAGAAGAUGGAGAAGACGAUUCAACUACCGCCGCUGCUGAAGAUGAUUCUACCACAGAGGAUGAUUCUACCACCGCUGCCCCUGAAGAUGACUCCACAACGGAAGCUCCAGAGGAAGAUUCCACCACCUCAGAGCCAGAGGAUGAUUCUACCACCGCUGCACCAGAAGAUGACUCUACAACUGAAGCUUCAGAAGAAGAUUCCACCACUUCUGUCCCAGAAGAUGGAGAAGACGACUCUACCACUUCUGUCCCGGAAGAUGAUUCAACUACCACCGCUGUUGAAGAUGAUUCUACUACCUCAGACCCAGAAGAUUCUACCACGGACGCACCAGACAUAGAUUCUACCACUUCCGCGCCUGAAGAAGGAGGUGAUGACUCUACCACCGCCGCACCUGAAGAAGAUUCUACCACAGCUGAACAGGAAGAAGAUCCUACCACAGCUGUCCCAGAAGAUGGUUCUACGACAGCUAUCCCAGAAGAUGAUUCUACCACAGGUGCCCAGGAAGAUGAAUCUUCAACUGCUGCACCGGAGGAAGGUUCCACCACAACACCCGCUGGUCCAGAGAAGCCGAACACCCCAAAACCCGGUGGCCCCGGAGACACCAAGAACAUUUACAUUUUCAACUUGUUCCUGAUAAACGUUAAAGUGAACAAGAAGUAG